UUCAGUAUGUUCCGCUCCGCCUAACGGGAAGCGCCGUCGGCUGUUUAAUCCUUCAUUGGGAGAAAAAGGCGAAGGGCUACUCGGGAAGGGCAGAAAAAUAUCGCUUCGAACUGCCGCAUCACCCGCUGCUUCCGCACAAAGUCUGGCAGACUUAUAGCAAGCUUCGUCUGAAAGAAUCCGUUCAUUUCCCCCCUUCCCAGCAGCCUCUCUCCGGCCAAGAUGAUCCACAGUCUGUUCCUGAUCAACGCCUCCGGGGACAUCUUCCUGGAGAAGCACUGGAAAAGCGUGGUCAGCCGCUCCGUGUGCGACUACUUCUUCGAGGCCCAGGAGCGCGCCACAGAGCCGGAGAACGUGCCGCCGGUGAUCCCCACGCCGCACCACUACCUGAUCAGCGUGCUCCGGCACCGCAUCUACUUCGUGGCCGUCAUCCAGAGCGAGGUGCCGCCUCUCUUUGUCAUCGAGUUCCUGCACCGAGUGGUCGACACGUUCCAGGAUUACUUUGGCGUGUGCACCGAGGCGGCCAUUAAGGACAAUGUGGUGGUGGUGUAUGAGCUGCUGGAGGAGAUGCUGGACAACGGCUUUCCCCUGGCCACGGAGUCCAACAUCCUCAAAGAGCUUAUCAAGCCUCCCACCAUCCUCCGCACAAUGGUCAACACCAUCACAGGCAGCACCAACGUGGGAGAACAGCUCCCCACCGGGCAGCUGUCGGUGGUGCCGUGGCGACGCACCGGGGUCAAAUACACCAACAACGAAGCCUAUUUCGACGUGGUGGAGGAGAUCGACGCCAUCAUCGAUAAAUCAGGUUCCACCAUCACCGCCGAGAUCCAGGGAGUUAUCGACGCGUGCGUGAAACUGACGGGCAUGCCCGACCUCACGCUCUCAUUUAUGAAUCCACGGCUCCUGGAUGACGUCAGUUUCCACCCGUGUGUGCGGUUCAAGCGCUGGGAGGCUGAGCGCAUCCUCUCCUUCAUCCCACCCGAUGGGAACUUUCGCCUGCUCUCCUACCACGUCAGCUCCCAGAACCUGGUGGCCAUCCCUGUUUACGUCAAACACAACAUUACCUUUCGGGAGGGGAGCUCCCAGGGUCGGUUUGACCUGACUCUGGGGCCCAAACAGACCAUGGGGAAAGCUGUGGAGUCAGUCCUAGUCAGCAGCCAGCUGCCACGGGGCGUCCUCAACGCCAACCUCAACCCCUCCCAGGGAACAUACACCUUUGACCCGGUCACCAAGUUGUUGACGUGGGAUGUUGGGAAGAUCAACCCACAGAAGCUUCCCAGCCUUAAAGGCACCAUGAACCUGCAAGCUGGAGCCUCCAAACCCGAUGAGAACCCCACCAUUAAUAUCCAGUUCAAGAUCCAGCAAAUGGCCAUCUCAGGACUGAAGGUAAACCGGCUGGACAUGUACGGUGAGAAGUAUAAACCUUUCAAAGGCAUCAAGUACAUGACCAAGGCUGGCAAGUUCCAAGUCCGGACAUAAAGACUGCUGCUCUGUGACCGCUGGACCAAACCACCACGAGACCAUCGAAGAGGGGGGGGAGCUGGGAGAGUCCCUGAGUUUAUGCAUCUACCUACUGAGCUUCACCCAAACAAACUGGGGGCUCCUUGUAGCAGUAAGGAGGAGGACCCUUCCACACGGAAUGGAAACCUGUUUUCUGCUGCUUUGGAACUGUUACAGAAAAAGCUCCUUCAGCCACCAUGUCUCCAAAGCCUCCUCACUGCUAAUGACGUGUUUCUUAUCCUUCUGCUGUUUUGUUGGUCCUUCUUUUGUUCUUUUCCUCAAUCACUGUAAGUUGUUGCUUUUUUGUGUUUUUUUUUUUUUGAUUUUGUUUCUCUUGAACACUGGAGUAUUCCAUCAUAUGAGAACGCUACAACUGGUCCGUCCUCAUUCACGCACAUUUACCUCUGCCGGUACCAACGUUUCCUUGUGGUGUAAAUGGGUGGGAGCAGAAGCGUGAUUGGAGCUGUUUGAUUGGUUAUCGCUGCUGAGGUGUCAGAGAAAACCCAACAUUCACGAUCGCCUCUUUUAUUAUGUUUACAUAUUAUUUCUCAGACAGGAACGUCAACGCUCAUGUCCCAAUGUUGAGUGUUUCACUCUCCUGAACCUAUGUGAACCAAACAGAUGGAUUGGUUCCUGGGGUUUCAUUUUACAAUAUAAUGUUGAAGAAAGCUGAUUGGCUCUGAAAAUGACAUAUUUUCAUAUUUCUUACUGCCAGAAAAAUUGCAUAAUGUAAUGUGCGUGUUUCUUAAUGUCACCACACCAGCUGAGCUUUUAGACUUAUUUGCAUAUGGAGGGGAGUGACUGAUCCAUGCCUCUGCCUCCUUUGCUCUGCUCCCUUCAAGCUGGCAUACAGAUCGUUGCUUUCUACAAACACGGCAGUUAACUGAUCAAAAUAAAAUCUAUUUCUGUAAUACGAUGAGUACCUCCAAGGAAAUGUUGAUGGCUUCCAUUUUCUGUUUACAGCAUUCUUUUUUUUUUUUUUGGUUUAAAAUACAGCCUCCAGUGGAGUGUGUUGAUGGUGGAAUAAAAA